AUGGCAAUGGUCACUAGGUUAUCAAGUGACGACCCAAAAGCGUCCAUGCGGUUUGUUCUGUCGUAUCUGUUGACACCUGAGGUUGCCAGUAAAUUCACGUUACUUGGCACCUCUUCAAAACGAGCACUGCAGAAAUGCACGUUUUACGGCUGCAUACGAAGUGCUUUGACUCAUCGCUUUUUGUCAUCCUCUGUCAACGAAAAAGACCUUGGUAAGCUCUACGACAUCGCGACCCAAGGUUACUUUCACGACAUUCGAGACAAGAUGAUAAAACGUUCUAGGAGAAAAGAUAACCAGUUACAGUCAACAAUAUUAACGAACAUAACCAAUUCACAGGACGACUACCUCAAUUCCGAAUAG